AUGGAAAUAGUAGGGUGCCGAGCCGAAGACAAGUCGUGUCCCUUCCGUCCCCCAGCCAUGCUCUUUCACGGCAUCUCCGGAGGCCACAUCCAAGGCAUCAUGGAAGAGAUGGAGCGCAGAUCCAAGACCGAGGCUCGCCUGGCCAAAGGCGCCCAGCUCAACGGCCGCGACGCGGGCAUGCCCCCGCUGAGCCCCGAGAAGCCCGCCCUGUGCGCCGGCUGUGGGGGCAAGAUCUCGGACAGGUACUACCUGCUGGCGGUGGACAAGCAGUGGCACCUGAGGUGCCUGAAGUGCUGUGAAUGUAAGCUGGCCCUCGAGUCCGAGCUCACCUGCUUCGCCAAGGACGGCAGCAUUUACUGCAAGGAGGAUUACUACAGAAGGUUCUCUGUGCAGAGAUGUGCCCGCUGCCACCUUGGCAUUUCUGCCUCCGAGAUGGUCAUGCGUGCCCGCGACUCCGUCUACCACCUGAGCUGCUUCACCUGCUCCACCUGCAACAAGACUCUGACCACAGGCGACCAUUUCGGCAUGAAGGAAAGCCUAGUGUACUGCCGUGCCCACUUCGAGACCCUCUUGCAAGGGGAGUAUCCUCCGCAGUUGAGCUACACAGAGCUGGCGGCCAAGAGCGGAGGCUUGGCCUUGCCUUACUUCAAUGGCACAGGCACCGUGCAGAAAGGGCGGCCCAGGAAGCGGAAGAGCCCCGCGCUGGGAGUGGACAUCGUCAAUUACAACUCAGGUUGUAACGAGAAUGAGGCAGAUCACUUGGACCGGGAUCAGCAGCCUUACCCACCCUCUCAGAAAACGAAGCGCAUGAGGACCUCCUUCAAGCACCACCAGCUCCGGACCAUGAAAUCCUACUUUGCCAUCAACCACAACCCAGAUGCCAAGGAUCUCAAGCAGCUUGCCCAGAAAACAGGCCUGACCAAAAGAGUUUUGCAGGGAGAACAAAUCUUGGGGCAUUACAGCCAAACAUCCCGACGUUUGAAAAUUCCCUAAAGUAUUAAAAGAAGGGGAAAAGUUUGAUCGGAAAUCCACUGCAGUGAAGACAAAGAGAAUAUUAGGUUAUGCUAAUCAUACAUUAAAAAAAAUCUAUUGAGCCAAAAACAAAAAUACAAAACCAAAACAAACAAGAGAGAGAGAGAGAGAGAAAGAGAGAGAGACUUAAAUGUCAUUUACUGAAUGUUAACAAAUGACAACUUUUGUUCUUUACGGUGUCUAACACAAACGAAGGCUAAAAUUAUGUGGUUCAAGACAAAUGAAUCAUGUAUAAAUCAGAGCACCCUGGCGAUGAAAUGCACACCCAUAUUUGAAGAAGCUUAUUGAGAAAAAUUCCGCACACUUGUCAAGCACAAAUAGUUGUAAAAUAAAGUCCCCAAACCUCCAUCCCACAUGCUUGCUGAUGUGUUCUAGUCCCCUCUGUUAAUGGCAUUUUUCAAUUGUAAAUUCAAAGAAGAGCUAUCGCGCAUUUAAGAGCAUAAGGAUUAAAACCCAGUAAUUUUAGUAUUAUUGUUUAUUAUUUCUUUUUUAAACAAAACCUCUGCAUGCACUUUUACAUCUGUCACCUCUAGUGUACAUCUCUGUAUGAUGGCUUAUCUUUGCUGUUUCUUGUAUGAUAGCUUUCAUUAAUAAACAUUUUAUUUGAUGCAAACAUAGUUAACUUUAUGUUAAACACACACUGUUGAACAUAAUUUUGAACGCUGCCUUAAUAUGCAGCACAGUACAUUUUCAGCUGGUUCUACUUAGGA